ACCAACAUUGAGUACUCGUAGACUCCACAAGGAGCAUUUCCACUACGUGAUAAACGGCAAAUAUCGCAAAACUAAUAACCUCUUUUCACUUUAUGUACUGGCGCGGAUAUAAAUACAGAUUAAACUCAUAUGAAUAUUUUUUAAUUAGACUUUCCAACAAAACAAGUUUCCUUCAUUGAUAACGUUUCUACAUUUCAUAUUAAGUGAAGAUUCUAUUUUCCGGAUAACAUCAUAUUUUUAUAGUAUAAUUUAUUAAUCUAUUUUUGUGUGUGGAAUACACACAAUAAAUCUCAUAUACAAAUCUCUUUAUCAGAUGAAUUAAUUUUACUUAAAACUUUGACUUGCGGAAGCAUUUGAAAAUUAAAUAUAUGGUGGUAAAAUAUUGGGUAAUACAUGCACAUGUACGACGAUCUGUCCGCGCAAAGUUCGGUUUCAUACGAUUACACGCAAGUGUGCUAUUAUUUCUGACGUUGACAUUAUAAAGUGAAUAACAAGAAAUAAAAAAAGGUACAAAAAAAAGACGAACGUUGCAGAAAAAUACGUCUAUACCGUAAUGUGUUUGUGGAUAAUAAAUUUUAAUUGAAGAAACGGUUCUACUUCGUGAGGAUGGAAUAUAUGACUAAUUUAAAAAGCAUUUUAUUUGUGAUUUGUAUACACUUAUCGAUGCUAAACUGUGCUCAUGUAGCAAGGACUUCUUUUAAAGAUGUAUCUGCGAACAACGGUGACGUUAUUCCAAGUAUAAGCUGGGUAUUCAGUAAUUCUGUUGACAAUGCCAUUAGGGUUAAGAGAGCAAGUGUGCUCAGUUCUUAUUUACCUCCUAAAUGUCGGCAGAAUUUGAGUCAACUAUGCAAUGAAGUAAAUAUAAAUAAUGACGAAUUAACGUUGUUAGAAUGCAUUCAAACUUUCAAGCCGACUGAAGUAUCUAGCAUUGAUGAUGAAUGUCGUCAAGCAAUUUGGGCAUAUAUCUUAAAUAUUACUGAUAAUUUAAACAUAGAACGAUUAGCUAAGAAAACUUGUGGUAAAGAAUUAGAUGAUCUGAACUGCUCUACAUCUGAUAACAAGCAUGGUGCAUACUUAUCUUGUUUAAUUGAUAAAAGAGAAAAAGUAAAGGAUCCUAAAUGCAUCGCAUAUAUUCUACGAUUAGAAUGGAUUGCAUUUAGCGAUUUCAGGAUUAUAACUCCAUUCUCUUCCGACUGUAAAUAUGAUAUUACAAAAUUUAAUUGCGAUAAAGUACAGCCAUAUCGUGAUAUAUCCCAGGGACAAGUAUUAGCUUGUUUACAAGAACAUGUUAAUGAUCUUCAAGUUCAGUGUAAACGACAUAUACUUCAUGUAUCUGAAAUACAAGCAGAAAAUGUAGAGUUAGACCGACAAUUAUACAUGGCUUGUGAGCAGGAUCGUAUAAAAUUGUGCCCAAACAUUAGGCCAGGUAGUGGUCAAGUAUAUAAAUGUUUGAUGCAACAUAAAACAGAUAGAUCCAUGACAGCAACAUGUCAAGAACAACUUGCAAGAAGAGGAAAAUUAAUAGCAUCUGAUUAUCGAAUUAGUAAAGGGCUAGUUAAAGCUUGUAAAGAAGAUAUACGAAGUAAUCACUGUAGGAGGUCUUUUGAAGAUAAAAAUAUAAGACUCGCACAAAUUCUUCUUUGUUUGGAAUCGGCAGCAAAAAAUGGUAGCAAAAUCGAUGGUAAUUGCCAGGCUGAAAUGUUUGAUCAUAGAAAAUUGUUAAUGGAGGAUUAUAGAUUGUCCCCAGAAAUAGUCGAUGGAUGUGCCAAUGAUAUUACAACAUUUUGUAACAGUCUUGAAGUUGGUGGUACAACGAUUCACUGCUUAAUGGAACAUACUAGACCCAGAAGAAAGAAGUCGAGGGUAUCUACCAAGUGCCAAAGAGCGUUAGAAGAUUUAAUUAAGGAAACAGAUGCUGGAGAAGACUGGAGAAUCGAUCCUGUUCUACGAGAACAAUGUCAACCUGUUGUCAAUUCAGCAUGCAGAGAUAUACGUGGAGGCGACGCUAGAGUAAUAUCUUGUCUAAUGGAACAACUUGGUACAAAUAGAAUGACAGAAGCUUGUGAAACUGCUUUAGUUCAAAUACAAUAUUUUGUAGCUCGAGAUUUUAAAUUAGAUCCGCAAUUGUACAGAGCAUGUAAAUUUGAUGCAACACGAUUAUGUCAUGCAAGAAAUGCAUGGGCUAGUGAUGGAAGACAAAUGGAUCCGGAACGAGGACCUCUUGUCUUACCAUGUUUAUAUAGACAUGUAUACCAUCCUCAAAAAAAUUUGACGUUACGAACAGAGUGUAUUGAAGAAAUUAGACGUGUGAUGAGACAAAGAGCUGUAAAUGUCGAUUUACAACCUGAAAUUGAAGAAGUUUGUCUAAAUGAAUUAGCAUCGUAUUGCUAUGAUAAAACUGCAAAAGGAGAAGAAAUAUUGUGCCUUCAAGAUAAUUUAGACAGUUUGAACAAAAAUUGCAAGUUAGCAGUCGGCAAUUUUACAGAAGAACAAGCUGAACGUGUUGAAUUGAAUCCAAUCAUUUCUGCAGCUUGUCAACACAUUAUGGAACGUCAUUGCGAGGAAGUAUUAAAAUAUGGCAAAGAUGAAGGUGAUAUGAUGGAAUGUUUAAUAGAACACAAAAAUGAUUUGGACAUACGAUCUGAUUAUAAGUGCAAAGCAGCAGUGGAACAUUUCCAAUUAAUAUCGUUAAAAAAUUAUCACUUUACUUAUAAAUUUAAAGAAGCUUGCAGACCAUCUGUUAAAAGAUGGUGUCCAAAGUCUAAAACUAAAGCGGAAGUAAUAGAGUGUUUAAGCACCAUAGUACAAGAAGACAUAAUGAAAGAUACACAAAAUCACAUACCAAAAGAAUGCAGGCAACAAUUAAGAGCACAACUUUAUCAACAAAGAGAAAAUAUCCAUUUCGAUCCAAUUUUACAAGCACAAUGUGUAGAUGACAUAAAACAAUAUUGUCUUAAUGUUGAAGCAGGCAACUCACAGAUUCUCGAAUGUUUAGCAGCACAUAAAUCAAAAUUAUCCGAUGCAUGCCACAAGCAAUUAUUUAAAGUAAGAAAACAGGAAUUUCAAGAUAGCUCAAGUGACUUUGCUUUAUUAAACACUUGCCGUGUUAUGGUAAGACAAUUCUGUCACGACGUAAGUCGCUCGCAGGCAUUGGAUUGUUUAAAAAGAUAUAAAGAUGAGCCUACUUUUGAUGAAAAAUGCAAAAACAUUGUUAUUCGACGAAUGAUCGAACAAAACACGGAUUAUAGAUUUAACACUGCGUUACAAGCUGCGUGUUCCUCUGAUAUCAAUAAACACUGCAAAGAGGUUUUGUUGCAUGAACCGACUGAUAAAGAGCUCGAAGGAAAAGUCAUUGGAUGUUUAAAAAUAAAGUUUCGGGAAGCAAAACUUCAAACAAAAUGUGAACAUCAGAUGACUAACAUUCUCAGGGAAGCAGCUUUAAAUUAUCACUUAAAUCCAUUACUUGCUACAAUGUGUGCACAUGAGAUUGAAACAAUCUGUAGAGCAGAUGAAAACGAUCCUGGCGCAGUAGAAGAAUGUCUAAAAAUGGAAUUCAAUCUUGGUAAUAGGGAUAUGAAGGAAGAAUGCCGUCUUGAAAUUGCUGACUUGAUAGAACAAACAAGAGCAGAUAUUAAUGCAGAUCCUUUAUUACAAAAAGCGUGUGCUAUUGAUGUUAGCAAAUAUUGCAGUGAUGUUCCUCAAGGAGGAGGAAGACAUAUCAUGUGUCUUCAGGAUGUAUUAGAAGAUAAUAACAAAUAUUUACGACCUGACUGUUAUAAAAUGUUAACCACCAGAAUAGAAAUGUUUAGAAAUGCGGUCAAGUUAAUUGCUCCAAACUCAAUACGAGAAUUAUAUUCAACGGUAAAUCGGUCUCCUGCAAGACGAUACUUCAUAAUCGUUACGUUAACAGCGAUUGGUCUGAUUUUCAUUACGGGUUUAUUUUGCGGAAGAGUAACGAGAAGAACAAUGAUGAUGAAAAACAAAUGAUAAAUUCUAAUUAAAAAUAUUCGUCUUCGAAAGGAUUAUCGCUUGGUAUAGCUAAAAAUAAAAGAAAAAUGUAAACUAAAUAUUAUGCAUAUACGAAUACGGUUAUGUCCACGAUUCUUUGAUCUGUAAUUCAUAGUAUUAUCAUAAAUGUAAAAAGUGUAAAAGUUGAAUGAAUGGAGUGUAUGAUGGAAGGGAUUCGCGGUUAAGGUAGAUUUGAAUAAAAAAUAUAUAUUAAUAGAGAAUAUAUAUACAUACAAGAGAGAACAUCGUGGAUGUGGUAGCUAAGAUACAAUUAGCUAACCAAUGAAUUCUUAAGAAUGUGGGUUAGAGUUCUACUCGCUUGGACUCUUUAUGCCGAUCGCAGGAAGCAACGAUAUUGCCGAAGACAAAUUGACGAGCAGUGCGUGAAUUAAACGCAACGAGGGGUAACUCUUAUAAAGAAAUAUGCAAUGAAAAGAAAUGAUGGAAUUUUAUAUCAAUAUUCUAUACAUUUGUGAUACGUAAGAAACAAAAAUAAAAAAAUUAUUACAUUUGAUUUAAGGUAAAACAUUAUCUGGGCACAAAUUACCUUGGUCUUCCAGUUUAGAACGUUAGAAUGCAAACGUGUCAGAAGCUCUUUAGAAAUGAUUUACAAUGAACAACUCAUAUGCUUACGUAACAAACGCAUAAUACGAAACAUAUAAUAACGUUAAGCAUUUCUUUAAAAAAAUUAAUUUAUCCUCAAUUGACGGUAAUUGAAGUUACUUGAAUUUGUCUUUGAAUACACUGCUGUUUAUUACCGCAUUAUAAGUUAAGAUACGAAAAUAAAUACUGUGUUAUAUAAACUAUAUUAUGAGUAAAAUAUGGCAGUAAGAAUAUUCAACUGUAGUGACAUGGUUGUUAGUUAU